ACGAUGGAACGGAACAAUUUGCGGAUAUUUCUUUUACUCUUUGUGUGCUUUUUGGUUGUUAAAGGUGCUAAAAAGAAUGGAAUAGAAAUGAUGUUUUACUGGAGGGAAGUUAUAUAUGAGGAUUUACCUUUACCUGAUGACACAGUUAUUGGGAAAUAUCCAUAUCACAUUCCUGCUAAUAACGAUGUCAUAGGACUGGCUUAUCACGCCAAACGACAAUUAAUGAUUGCUACUGUUGGGCGUCUUCAUCCAGGAGUUCCAUCAUCACUCAAUGCAUUCUGUGUAAAUGAUUAUUACGUCGGGACAAGUCCUCAUCUCUGGGCAUUUCCUAAUUACGAGAAAAACACUAUCAAGGCGUCUUUCUACGACAACACACAAAUAGACAGUCGAAAGCUGCAUAAGAAAGGAGAGAAGUAUUCUUCUGGAUACUACAAUCAUUUCUACGAAGGCCAAGCAACUUAUCCUGCAGAGAAUUCCCACAAUACACUGGAAGAUUUCUCCAUCAUUUCAGUGUAUCAUCCAGUCAUGGACGAACAGUGCAAUCGACUUUUUGUUAUCGACACGGGAAAUCUCUAUUACGGCCCCAAUGAAAUUUACGCAGUGCAAAAUCCUGCACUUAUCGUCUUCAGAAUAACACCUGAGACAACACGAGGUUGGAAUGGAUGUGGCAGCCGAGAAUUUCCAGUGAUACGAAGAGUGGAAAUACCAAAUCAUUUGUGGACUGAUGCAACAGCUUUCGCCUUCUUAACACUUGAUUUCCAGCCAAAGGGUUCUUGCGAUGAUCUCUUCGUGUACAUUACUAAUGUCUACGACUUCACUCUGACGGUGUAUGAUUACAAACAUAACAGUUUUUGGGCCUUCAAAGAUCCAUCAAUGAAUCCUAUCAUCGCAGAAUCUAGUAUGAUUUUCAGCGAUUAUUUGCAUUACGAUUUUCCCUUUGGCAUCACAAAUCUCGCUCUCGGUCGACCUGAUAAAGAAGGUAAUCGUAAUGCUUAUUAUGGUCCUGCUGCCUCGACCGCAGAAUACGCAGUGUCCACAAAUAUCCUGAAGACCCCACCAAAACGUACCUCCAAUAAAAACAAAGGGGAUUUUACUCUGCUCGGAAAUCGCGGCUGCAAUACUCAAGUCUUCAGCCGUACAAUUGAUCCUCACACUGGAGUGAUUUUCUUCGGUGAGACACAAUCCAAGAGAAUUCUGUGCUGGAACACGCAAUAUCCACUAAAUCCGGACACAAUUGGAGUAAUCUACGAGUCUGACGCUCUUCAGUUUGUCUCAGAAAUAUUUAUGGAUGCGGAAGGAUAUCUUUGGUUCCAUUCUAGCCAUCUUCCGCUCUUCCUCCUCCCAGAAAUACCUCUGGACAUAACCGAUAUCAACUCCAGAACAUUCCGCGUCAAGGCAUCAGACGCUAUCAGGGGAACAGUUUGUGACGUCCAAAGAAGCUAUCAAUAUCAUGUUCUCAAAGAUGUUUUUGGUUAUAAAUAAAGAAUUGAGGAAAUUGAUAAUCAUUGAAUUGUUUGCCUUCUAAUUAAGGUGGAUAUCUGCGCCUGUCGGAGCUUACAUAAUAAAGAGAGCUUCUUGUGAAGACUAAUUCAGAUUAAUUUUAAUGUGACGUCUUUAUGAAUAUCAUUAAGGUGAAAAAAUAUGUAAAUUCGACAGUCUUC